AUGGUGCUACCUGGGCUGCUGCUGCUGCUGCUGCUGCUGGCUGGCGCCCGCUGGCUGUGGGGCCAGCGGAGACCCUCGAAUCUCCACCUCCCGCCUCUCGUCCCCGGAUUCCUGCAUGGUCUGCAGCCCCACCUUCCCAUCUACCUGUUCCGCCUCACUCAGAAACUCGGGCCCAUCUACAGGAUCCGCCUGGGGCUGCAAGAUGUGGUGGUGCUGAACUCUCACAGAGUCAUUGAGGAGGCCCUGAUCCAAAAGUGGAUGGACUUUGCUGGCCGACCCUGGAUACUGUAUGCCUCUCUUUCCACCAUCCCUCCUGCAGAAAACCUGGAGUUUGAUCUGUCUCUGGGGGAUUACUCUCUCACAUGGAAGGACCACAAGAAACUCUCUCGCUCAGCCCUGAUGAUGGGCAUGCGGGACUCCAUGGAGGCCCUGGUGGAGCAGCUGGCCCAGGAAUUCUGUGAGCGCAUGAGAGGCCAGGCUGGCCGACCCGUGGCCAUCGACAGGGAGUUCUCUCUCCUCACGUGCUCCAUUAUCUGGCACCUCACGUUCGGAGACAAGGUCAGUGACAGCACUCUUCUGCACACCGUCCACAGCCUCGUGCAGGAUUUGUUGCAAGCCUGGAACCACUGGUCCAUCCAAAUCUUGAAUCUUGUUCCCCUUUUCAGGUUCCUCCCCAAUCCAGGCCUCCAGAAGCUGAAGCGGCUCCAAGAGGGCUGUGGCUGUAUCAUCAGGGAGCAGCUGAAGCAGCACAAGGACGUCCUGGUCGAAGGCCGGUGGAAGGACAUGACCGACUACAUGCUUCAGAAAGUGGACGAGCAAAGGGGCGCGGGGCGGCUCCACGAAGGGCAUGUGCACUCCUCGGCGAUGGACUUCCUCCUCGGAGGCACCGAGACCACGGCCAUCACCCUGUCCUGGGCCGUGGCCUUCCUGCUCCAUCACCCCGAGAUCCAGAAGCGACUGCAGGAGGAAUUGGACCUCAAGCUGGGCCCCGGCUCCCAGCUCCUGUACAAGAACCGGGCACAGCUGCCCCUGCUCAUGGCCACCAUUUCGGAGGUGCUGCGCCUGCGGCCCGUGGUGCCCUUGGCCUUGCCUCACCGCACCACUCGGGACAGCAGCAUCUCUGGCUACGACAUCCCCAAGGACACCAUUGUCAUCCCCAACAUCCAGGGCGCCAACCUGGACGAGAUGGUCUGGGAACUGCCCAGCGAGUUCCGGCCCGAUCGCUUCCUGGAGCCUGGCAGGAACUUGAGGACGGUCUCCUUCGGCUGCGGGGCGCGCGUGUGCCUGGGGGAGUCUCUGGCGCGGCUGGAGCUCUUCGUGGUGCUGGCUCGCCUGCUCCAGGCCUUCACGCUGCUGCCGCCCCCCGGCGGCGCCCUGCCCUCACUGCAGCCCCCGCCUCACUCUGGGGUCAACCUCUCCAUUCACCCCUUCCAGGUGCGGCUGCAGCCCAGGAACCGGGCGUCCCAAGACCAGGGCCAGAAAUCCUUGACAGAAUAGGACCAGGACCAGCCUC